AUGUUUGGAUCACAUUCUCACAAAACUCAGGCAGUGGGCGGAUAAAACUCAUAAAAUAGUAAUUUCUCCAACUAGCCAAUGUUACAAAUAAAUUAAGAAACCAAUAGUCAGUCUUUCGGUUAACUAUCAGCAAUUCAUGAUUAAAAUAUUCAACAAAUAUAAGACGGACUAUUACUUUCAAUCGAGCUGAACCAUAUAUUUUCUAGCGAGCCUUCUUAAUAGAAUAUGCCCUAAAAUAGUAUAAAUGCUGGCUCAAUUUAUGGAUAUAGCGCCAGUGAAAAAAUUUCAGAGUUUAAAAAUAAGCUUUUGUCUACUUCCACUACUUUUGAAAACAAGCACAAAUGCCCAGUAUUCAUAAAAAAAGAUCCGUAAACUAUAGAUGACUAGCAAUAUUAAACUUUUGAAAAUUUGAUUAGUGCAUAAAUUGCAGGUAAAAAGAAUUAAUCUGAAGAUAAGAGUCAUCCAUUAAGAAUCACUAAGUCUAAUGGCAUUUAAAAAGGCAAUCUUCAUAUUGAGCAAGUAGACCCAAUGACAGCGGCAGGAUAAAUUACGAGUUAAUAGAAGUUAUAAAAUUUGGAAGUGUUUAACGAUAGCUACAGAUCAUCUCUCAAAAAUAAUUCAAAAGCCAAGCCUGCAACUGAUUAUACUUUAAAUGGCUCAAGACCUUAAAAUAAAUGA